AUGUUGGCCAAAUUAGCAGACACUUGGCAGAUGAAUUUCAAUGCAGAGAAAUGUGAGGCAAUGCAUUUUAGUAGAAGAAACACGGAGAGACAAUACAGGCUCAAUGGUACAACCCUGAGGACAGUAGAGGAGCAGAGAGACCUCUUGAAAAGAUCCCCCACAGGCAAAUCAAGUUCUCCAUGGGCUGUGAAAAAAAUUAAUGCCAAGUGUAAUACAGAGCAGCAAAAUAUUUACUUAAAGCGACUUCAGCAAGAAGCCAAACUGCUGAAAGAUAUUGAGCAUCCAAAUAUUGUUGGGUACAGAGCUUUUACUAAAGCAAAUGAUGGUACUCAGUGUCUAGCUAUGGAGUUUGGAGGAGAAAAGUCUUUGAAUGAUCUGAUAGAAGAAAGGAAGGAAAAUGGCAAAGAACCUUUUCCUGCUUCUACCAUCCUGAAAGUAGCUCUGCAUGUAGCUUAUGGAUUGAAGUAUCUGCAUAAUGAGAAAAGACUCUUGCAUGGAGAUAUCAAAUCUUGUAAUAUCGUCAUUAAAGGAGAUUUUCAGACCAUUAAGAUCUGUGAUGUUGGUGUUUCACUCAAAUUAGAUGAAAACAUGCAAGUAAGUGAUCCUAAAACAUCAUACAUUGGAACUGAACCAUGGAAACCAAAGGAAGCUCUGGAAGAAAAUGGCCUAAUUACAGACAAAUCAGACAUCUUCGCCUAUGGCCUUACCUUAUGGGAAAUGAUGACUCUUUCUAUGCCUCAUAUAAAUAUUUCUGAAGACUCUGCAGAUGAGUAUGAAGACAGCUUUGAUGAUGACAGUUUUGAUGAAGAUGCUUAUUAUGCAGCUUUAGGAACGAGACCUGCACUUAACAUGGAAGAACUAGAUGAUUCUUACAGGCAGGUUGUUGAACUGUUUGUCGUUUGUACAAAUGAAAAUCCUAAAAAACGUCCCUCAGCUGCAGAGAUAGUAGAGGAAUUGGAGAAAGCAACUGAAAAGAAAUAAAGUGCGAUGAAAUCUUUUGUCCAACCUGUCUUUGUUUUAUGAAUGUACUUGUAUAAAAUGUAUUGUACUAACCCACUUUUAAAAUUCAUGUCAUUGUCAUUUAUAUUUUGCAAGUUAAACUGAAUAAAAUGCAUGAGCAGCAUA